AUGGGUGAAGUUCUAAUGAGUGUUUUGCACCCUGUAGUGAAAAAAAUAAACAGCAGCACGGGAAGGUUCGCCAACGCUACCUUAGUGCGCCUCUCUGAGUUUCUUAGUGCAGGCUACAAGAAGGGCGUGAGACCAGUGAGAGACUGGAGGACAUCUACGAUCGUGGCCAUAGACCUCAUGGUUUACUCCAUCCUCAACGUGGAUGAGAAGAACCAGGUUCUUACAACCUAUGUGUGGUACAGACAGUCAUGGACAGAUGAAUUUCUGGUCUGGAACCCAGAAGACUUUGAUGAAGUCAAACAAAUUUCUGUGCCUACAGCCAACGUAUGGGUCCCUGAUAUCCUCAUCAAUGAGUUCGUCGAUGUGGGGAAGUCUCCAAACAUUCCGUAUGUCUACGUGACCCAUGAUGGACUGGUGCGGAACUACAAACCUAUCCAGGUGGUCACCGCCUGCACACUCAACAUCUACAACUUCCCUUUUGAUGUCCAGAAAUGUAGUCUCACCUUCCAGAGCUGGCUUCACACCAUUAAUGACAUCAACAUCACCCUGAUGAGAAGCCCUGAGGAGCUCCGGGAGGACAAGAGUGUCUUCAUGAACCAAGGAGAAUGGGAGCUACUCCACAUAUUAUCCCAAUACAAGUCCUUCAGCUUAGACAAUGACGACUAUUAUGCUGAAAUGAAGUUCCAUGUGGUGAUCCGGCGGCGGCCGCUGUUCUACACUGUCAACCUGCUGCUGCCCAGUAUAUUCCUGAUGGUGAUGGAUGUUGUGGGUUUUUAUCUGCCACCAGACAGUGGUGAGAGGGUUUCCUUCAAGAUCACCUUGCUGCUGGGUUACUCUGUUUUCCUCAUCAUCGUAUCUGACACUUUGCCUGCCACCGCCAUCGGGACCCCGCUGAUAGGUGUUUACUUUGUGGUGUGCAUGGCCCUGCUGGUGAUCAGCCUGACAGAAACGGUUCUGAUUGUGCGUCUGGUCCAUAAGCAGGACCUGCAGCGUCCUGUGCCACAAUGGGUGAAGUACCUGGUGCUUGAAAGAGCAACCACCCUCUUCUGCAUCCACAAAAAACACCGGCUCUGCUCCACACUGUCCUCUCAGUCAUCUGACCUGGAGCACUACAAGGACAAUACCUAUGGGACUGCCCAGUGCACCCUCCACCAUACCUGUGAGAUCGGCCAACGGCUCAGCCAGCAUGAGAGGGAAGGCAGGCUUCUCGGGCUGGGCCUGCCCCCCUCCAGGGACUCCACACCUCCUGUCAUGGACAACAUCCUGCAGGAAGUGACAGCCAUACGCCACUUCCUGGAAAAGAGGGACAGGUGCCGUGAAGUUGCCAAGGAGUGGCUGCAGGUUGGAUACGUGCUGGAUGUGUUGCUGUUCCGAGUUUAUUUAGUGGCCAUGGUGGCCUACAGCAUCACGCUGGGCACGUUGUGGUCUGUGUGGCAGGGGGCCUGAGAGCUCCAGCACCGAAGCAGAGCAUGAAGAAUGCCACAGUGAGUGGAUGUGUUCCCUGUGGAGCUCCAUAGGUACAGCAGCGGCAGCAGCAGAGGCUUCCUGCAGUUACCACCUGUAUAUGUUCUGUGGAAAGGUGACGGCGGUGUUGCCCUGUUCACUUUACCAUGACGUCAGCUUUGAGUUUCACAGUGUAAAGCAGCAAAGAUAAAACCAACAAGAAAACGAGGUUAUAGCGGCGGC